AUGGGAGACUGGGGAUUUUUGUCCACCUUGCUGGAAAGAGUCCAGAACCACUCCACUGUGAUUGGGAAAAUCUGGAUGAUCGUCCUCUUCCUGUUCAGGAUCAUGGUUUUGGGAGCAGGCGCCGAAAGCGUCUGGGGUGACGAGCAGUCAGAUUUUAUAUGCAACACCAAGCAACCCGGUUGUGAGAAUGUCUGCUACGACAAGAACUUCCCUAUCUCGCACAUCCGCUUCUGGGUCCUCCAGAUCAUCUUUGUGUCCACGCCGACACUGGUCUACCUGGGCCAUGCCAUGCACGUUAUCCAGAAGGAGAACAAGCUGAGAGAGAAGCUGGCGAGCCCCGAUGGGCCACAGACGUUCAAACAGCCCAAAUACAGCGACGAGAAGGGGCACCUGAAGAUCAAGGGGAACUUGCUAGGUAGCUACCUGACCCAACUCAUCUUCAAGAUCAUCAUUGAAGCCGGCUUUAUUGUGGGACAAUACUACCUGUAUGGCUUCAUCAUGAUCCCCAUGUUCCCCUGCACCAGAAAGCCCUGUCCCUUCACCGUGGAGUGCUACAUGUCCAGGCCCACGGAGAAGACCAUCUUCAUCAUCUUCAUGCUGGUGGUGGCCUGCAUCUCUCUGCUCCUAAACAUCGUUGAAAUGUUCUACCUGAUCUGCACCAGGGUGAGGUGUAGGUCCAAUCGCCGCACCCACCGGGUCACCGCGACAGAGUACCCCGCCAGCCUAUCGGCCCCCAGGUGGCCAACCACAGAGGACACACUGAGGCAGAACAAGAUGAACAUGGAACUGGAAAACCACAGCGUAGGAGGCAGCCUGGAUGGAGCCAAAGAGGAGAAAGGACUACUGAGCGGACAUUAAGAUCCCAAGUUUAGUUGGUUUUUGCACCUCAUUCCAACUCCUUCCAGAGACUUGAAUCAGUGUGUCCAUUUUAAGAAAGGCUUUGCCACUUUGUCAUUGUGUGAUCAUGCAUGUUGUAUACUAACACAAAUCACCAUAAAUAACUGAAAGCAAGGGGCACAUUGAUGGAUUUUUCUUCUUGUUGUAACUUGAAAUCUGCUAAUGAAAGUGUGCAAUAUUGAUUGUAUUUAUAGUGAAGGUGCUCACUUGUGACUGUAUGAGUGAGGAGAAGUUUGUUGUGUUCUUUGUGUUGUUGUGAGGCAGAACUUCUCUAUAAAAAUGUAUUUCUAUACUAUGGUAACGAUGAUUAUAGCAGAGACAUUUUUGUAUAGCUUUAUCUCUUUUUAAUAAAUGAUUCAAAUUAA